ACACAGAGCAAAAAAAAAAUUGAGACAGGAAAAAAUAAAAUGGCGGACCUCAGGAAAAUCUGUCCUGAGUUUUUGCCCUGUCGUGUCAACUAUUCGCGCAAAACGUCAUUUCAGGGGAAGCUCUUCAUCCUUCUCUGUGUGCUGAUAGUGGACUCCGGCGGAGCCACGACCCACUGGGUUGUCACGGAGGACGGAAAGAUUCAACAACAAGUUGACUCACCAUUGAAUCUGAAGCAUCCUCACGAUGUUGUGAUAUUCAUGAGGCAAGAGACUCGUGUGAACUACCUCAAGAAGCUUGAGAAACAGCUAGUGGCACAGAAGAUUCACAUCGAGGAGAAUGAGGACAGAGACACAGGGCUGGAGCAGAGACACUACAAAGAAGAUGCAGACUGCGUUAUGGCCAAGGUACCCCUGGGAGACCUUGACCUUUAUGAUGGGACUUAUAUUUCUUUGGAAAGCAAAGAUAUCAGCCCUGAAGAAUAUAUGGAUUUCCGAACAGCUCUGCCCCCAGAUCUAGAAAAACCUGACUGUGCAAAAAUAUUUGAACUACCUUAUAGUAUUCAUGCUUUCCAGCAUCUCAGGGUGAGUGAAGGCCAAACUGUCCGACAUUUUGUAAAGAAUUGGAGUUCUUAUGAAAUGUAGUUAUAUGAUGUAUAU